AUGUAUGAAACUUAUUCUAUUUCAGAUGUUAUCCAGGCUGAUGUACGGUUUCAACCACUGAAGGAAAAACUGGCGGGAUAUGUUAGAGGCUCAGACGAAUAUUUAGCAGAGUUAUUAAAUGAGCUUCCAUUAAAUAGCUAUCCAACUUAUAAGACAUAUCUAAAGAAACAAGCUGUACCAGUAAAUAAGAUUGUUAAUGAUGGUAACAAUACUAUUGAUAAAGACUCACAUUAUAGUGAUGUAUUUAGAAAUAGUCUUUCUCCUGAGAAAUUAGUCACUUGUGUAGAUCAAAAAUUAAGUACUGGUUAUGAACAUUUUAUGUUCUCAGCAAGAAGAUGGCCUGAAAAUGAUUGUUUAGGUAAUAGAAUAUAUGAUCCUAUAACAAGUACAUGGUCAGAACAAUAUCAUUUUGAAACUUAUAAACAAAUUGCUGAAAGAGCUCAUGCUUUUGGAUCGGGUAUUAUGUCCUUAGUUAACGUAAAGAGAAAUAAACCACUUAAAUCUAAUGAUUUUAUAUUGGCCAUUUUAGCUCAUAAUAUGCCGGAAUGGGUUAUCACAGAUUUAGCAUGUCAAAGUUAUUCUAUCACUAAUACUGCUUUAUAUGAAACAUUAGGCCCAAAGACGUCGGAAUAUAUUAUGAAUUUAACAGAAAGUCCCGUAUUAGUAUUUGCUAAAUCAAAUAUGUAUAACGUUCUUUCCAUUUUACCGGACCUUGAAUAUGUUAAUACUUUGAUUUGUAUGGAAGAUUUAAAUGAAAGUGAACUUAAAUCUAUUAAUGAAUCCCUUUUAACUAAAAAUUUUAAUAAAUUAAAUGAAAAAAUUUCUUUAUUUUCAAUGAAACAAGUUGAACAGAUUGGUAAAUUAAACAGUAUUCCUUUGAUCCCACCAACCCCCGAGACAACUUAUACAAUUUCAUUUACCUCUGGUACAACAGGAUUACCAAAGGGUGUAGUUUUAACACAUCAAGCUAUCACUUCUAGUAAUGCAUUUGUUUUAUCAUCAAUGAAAGUUCCUAAUAGCAAGAAAAAUAAACAAUUAUACGAUAUGUGUUUUUUACCUUUAACUCAUAUUUUUCAAAGACAAACUACUUCAUAUGCAUUAUCUAUGGGGGUAGGUUCUGGUUUCCUUCAUAAACCUGAUCCUUUAGUUCUUGUAGAAGACUUAAAGAUUCUGAAACCCGAUUUCUUAUCUAUGGUUCCUAGGAUACUAACAAGAUUUGAAUCUGGUAUUAAAACAACGUUAAGCAAAUCUGCCAUUCAAAAAAAUAUUGCAUCAAAUAUAAUAGAAAACAAAGCUGCAAGAUUUUCUAGUCAUGGUGGUACAGAUCGUUCGCUAUUAAAUUUCUUAUUAUAUCAUAGAGUUCUAAUCGAUAAAAUUAGAGAUUCUCUAGGGUUAACGAAUGGAUCGUUUAUUGUUACAGGUUCAGCACCGAUUGCAAAAGAAACACUUUUAUUCUUACGUAGUGCUUUAGAUAUCGGAAUAAGACAAGGGUAUGGAUUAACCGAAUCCUUUGCUGGCAUUUGUUUAGCAGAACCACAUGAAAGAGACAUCGGUUCUUGUGGUGCUGUUGGUAUAAGUACUGAAUGUAGAUUAAAGGAUGUACCAGAAAUGUCUUAUUACGCUAAGAAAGAUUUAAAAGGUGAAUUACAAUUAAGAGGUCCUCAAGUAUUUAGUCACUAUUUUAAGAGUCCCGAUGAAACACAGGCAGCCAUCGAUAAAGAUGGUUGGUUUUCUACAGGUGAUGUUGGUUUUAUUGAUUCUAAGGGAAGAAUACAUAUAAUUGAUCGUGUGAAAAAUUUCUUUAAAUUAGCACAUGGAGAAUAUAUUGCACCUGAAAAGAUUGAAAAUGCCUACCUUUCUUCAUGUCCAUACAUUGCACAAUUGUUUAUCUUUGGUGACCCAUUACAAACAUAUCUUGUUGGUGUAGUCAGUUUAGAAUAUGAAGGUACACAAAAUGCUCUAUCACGUUUGCAUCCUGAAGUAUUGUCUCUGUCAGAAGAAAAACUGUUCGAUAAAAUUAAUAAUGAUCCAAUUUUGAAAAAAGAUCUUCUUUUGAUCAUUAAUCGUUGCACAGAAGGUCUUCAAGGAUUCGAAAAGUUACAUAAUAUGAUGGUUGGAACUGAUCUUCUAAAUGUAGAAAAUGGAACGGUCACUCCAACUUUAAAGAUUAAAAGAAUUGUAGCAACAAAAUAUUUCAGAAAAGAUUUGGAUCUUCUUUACCAACAAGGUUCUUUAAUCAGGGUAGAAAAACUAUAA